UAAAUAUAUAUAUUAAGCUCGUUCAGAAUGUAUGAUAAUGAAGUCCAUUUCUCUCUAAGAAAAUCACACUCCAAUUCCCUGUCUCUCAUCCCUCCAAAAAUACUUCAAUUUUUGUCCUUUUUUUCAUAUUUCAUUCCCAUUCUUCUCUAAAGUAGAAAUCGACACAUUUGAUUUUUUUCUCCCCUGUUUUCGUAAAGUAUCCCUUCGAUACGAGUACAGUAUGUCAGAAUCCAAUUGAUCAUAGACAUCAUAAGUUGCUCCUUUUUGCAAACAUUUCUCGCUCUCCUUUGAUCUUUUUUUUCUCUUCCAUCUUUUGAUAAUUCGUAUCUAUAAUUGUAAGAUUAGAGGUGAAAAUUAAGGUGUUUACUAUCUAAGCAACUCAUACUAAUUGAAUGUCGAAGCGAAUAAGAGAGAGUGUUGAAAAAGGGAAUAAACAUCCAAUUUAUAGAGGAGUUCGUAUGCGAAGUUGGGGAAAAUGGGUGUCUGAAAUCCGGGAACCGCGUAAAAAGUCACGCAUUUGGCUCGGGACUUAUCCAACUGCAGAAAUGGCCGCUAGAGCACACGACGUCGCUGCAUUGAGCAUAAAAAAGGACCCAUCAAUUUUAAAUUUCCCUCAUCUAAUUGACUCAUUGCCUCGCCCAAUUUCACUCUCACCGAGAGAUGUUCAAGCUGCUGCAGCUGAAGCAGCUGCAAUGGAGGAUCCAAAUUUAGUAUCUUCUUCCUCCUCCGUUAGUUCAAUUGACAAAAUCACAUCAGCGUCGGACGAUCUGGGUGAAAUUAUAGAGCUUCCUAGCUUGGACGGAAGUUUUGAGUCGAAGACCGAAUUGACGAUGACUGACUCAGUUGACGGGUGGCUGUACCCACCGUGGUGGGCAUCAGAUGGCGACUUUGAUGGGUAUCUUUUUGAGCAAGAUGCUGUUGGAGACGGUUUAAUUCUUAGCAACUUUGAAAUGAUGAAAUAAGAAAAAUUGGUGCGAGUUUUUUUAAUAUUUUUUUAGACAUUUGAAUUUUCAUGAACUAGUCAUGU